AUGACAGAAAACAAGAAAACCUACUUGGAACUCCCUCGGAGGCGCGGAGGCUCCGCGCAGCUCCCACAUCCACCGUCCCCGGGGCUCGGCCGGGCGGGGCCGUUCGCGGGGCUGCACCAUCGCGGGCUGCUCUGCUCGGGGGUCAGCAGGCUGGAUCGGCAGCUCCAUCCAGCUCACAGAGGGAGGAGAUCGGUUCGCUGGGAGGCAAUGGAGCUGAGGAAGAGCGAGGAAUCUCUCCCAGGGCAAGCAGUGGCUCUGAUCCUGCUCCUCUGUGUGUCGAGGAUGAGAGCAGAAACCGCCCGGUACUCUGUGCCCGAAGAGGCGGAGAGAGGCUCCUUUGUGGCGAAUAUCGCUAAGGAUUUGGGACUGACCGGUGAGGAAUUCUGGGCUCGACAGGCUCGGCUCGUUCCUGAAGGAGAAAAGCAGUAUCUGCAGCUGAACCAACACACCGGGGAUUUGGUAGUGCGAGAGCAGAUGGACCGGGAGGAGCUGUGCGGGCAGAGCGAGCCCUGCCUGCUGCGUUUCGAGGUGCUGCUGGAGAGCCCACUGCAGUCCUUCCGAGCUGAGGUAAGCCUCACCGACAUAAAUGAUCAUGCUCCCGCGUUCUUAAAUAAAGAGAUAGUUUUAAAGAUCUCGGAAAGUGCAAUGCCGGAGGCUCGAUUUCUGUUGGAAAGCGCUCAGGAUCCAGAUGUGGGGAACAACAGUCUUCAGCAUUACAGUAUCAGCUCGAACGGCUAUUUCCGUAUCUACACCCGGCGGCGGAGUGACGGCAGGAGGUACGCUGAGCUGGUGUUGGACCGAGCCCUGGACCGGGAGCAGCAGGCAGAAGUGGCUUUCAGUAUCACGGCUGUGGAUGGUGGGUCUCCACCGCGCUCUGGUACAGCCUUAAUCCGCGUGGUGGUCCUGGAUAUAAAUGACAACAUCCCAGUAUUUACCCGGAGUCUGUAUAAAGUCCGACUAUUAGAAAAUACGUCCCAGGAUACCUUAGUGGUGGCGGUGUCUGCUAGCGAUUUAGACUCAGGAACGAACGGGGAAAUAGCCUAUUCCAUAGUUCAAAAUUCAGAGGAAAAUCGACAGACGUUUAAAAUAAAUCCAGAGACAGGGCAGAUUCGACUCCAAAAGCCGGUGGAUUAUGAAGAAACGAAGACCUACGAGAUAGACGUCCAGGCCACAGAUGGAGGGGGCCUGUCCGCGCACUGCAAGGUGGAGGUGCAGGUGGAGGACGUGAACGACAACGCCCCCGAGGUGAUCAUCACCUCCCUCACCAGCACCCUCUCGGAAGCCGCCCCGCCGAACACCGUGGUGGCCCUCUUCAACGUGCGGGACCGGGACUCGGGGGACAACGGCAGGACGAGCUGUGAGCUGCCGGGCGAGCAGCCCUUCAGCAUCAUGCCGCUGGGGGCCGACGCGUACGCGCUGGUGACACUGGAGGCGCUGGACCGGGAGCAGGUGGCGGGGUACAACGUGACUGUGCGGGCUCGCGACGAGGGCUCCCCCGCGCUCUCGGCGUCCAAGACGCUGCUCGUGCGGCUCUUGGACGUGAACGACAACGCGCCCACCUUCGCCCAGGCCGUUUAUACCAUGGUGCUGAGCGAAAACGAGCCCGCGGGAACGAGCCUGGGCCGCCUGAGCGCCACGGACGCCGACGCGGGAAAAAACGCAUGCGUGAGAUACGCCCUGGGCCCCCCCCACCGGGUGCCCCCGCCGGCAUCAUCCGUGUCCGUGGACGCGGAGAGCGGAAUCGUGCGGGUGCUUCACCCGCUGGACUAUGAGGAGGUGCGCGCCUUCGAGGUGGCGGUGCGCGCUGCCGACGGCGGCUCGCCGCCGCUCAGCGCCCAGGCGGUGCUGCACGUGGUGGUGCGGGACGAGAACGACAACGCGCCCGUCGUGCUGCACCCGCCCCCCGAGAGCAGCGCGGCGGCGGGCGAGCUGGUGCCGCGCUGGGCGCAGGCGGGCUACCUGGUGGCCAAGGUGGUGGCGGUGGACGCGGACGCGGGGCAGAACGCGUGGCUGUCGUACGAGCUGGCCAAGGCGACGGAGCCGGGGCUGUUCCGCGUGGGGCUGCACAGCGGCGAGGUGCACACGGCGCGGGCUGUGGCGGAGCGCGAUGCACCCCGGCAGAGGCUCGUCGUGCUGGUGCGAGACCGCGGGCAGCCUCCGCGCUCCGCCACCACCACCCUCGGCAUCGCCCUGGUGGACGGCUUCUCCGACGCCUUCCUCCACCUUUCCCACCCUCCUACGGGGACGCAGCAGCCGCAGGCGGCCGAGGAGGACCGGCUCACCACCUACCUCAUCGCCUCCCUGGGCUGCGUCUCGUCGCUCUUCCUCCUGUCAGUCAUCGCCUUUUUGGUGACCAAGCUCUGCAAGGCCCGCCUCCGGGCACGCCUUUCGCCUCCCUCUGCCCGCUGCUACGCUCAGGGCGACUUCGACAACGACGGUGUAGACGUGGCCAGCACGGGCACUCUGUCGCCGGCUUACCGCUACGAAGCGUGUUUGACCACUGGUUCGGGGACAAGCGAAUUCCAGUUCCUGAGGGCCGUCCUGCCCGUCGAGAAAAGCAGCGCUGAGGCGGGGGCAGGCAAGGACGAAGAACCGCUGUGCAGCUCGCAGCCCGCCGGCGGGAGGGAAGGCAGCCCGGGGAGCAGAGCCCCUGCUCCCGCUCAGCCGCCGCACUGGGCGGCCGGCAGGCGCGUCCACGCCUGA